CCGGCCGAGUGACAAGCAGUGUGUGGAGCAGCUGGAGUAGGAGAACGAGUCGACGCGAGGUGGCGAAGCGGUGCAACACAGUGGACUCCUGAUGGUGACCUCACGUCACCUAUGUUGAGUCUGCGUCUCGUUUCCACAAGGUCACUCAAACAGCCGUAGACAGCUGCCAUCAUGUGCCGUGACAGAGAUAUGAACCCUUAACUCAUCUUUUUUAUCAAGCCCGCCCAGUUUUUAUUCCCCCUUUCAAAUAAAGAAGAAGCAGAGAGAGAGAGAGAAUAAUCAUCACCACCACUGCAGCUACACCACCACGCCCCUCUUUGGAGUCAAUCUUGGAUAACUUUUUUCAAAAGGACGUCAGGCAUUCAAGCAAGCAAGCAAGCAGCAAGUAAGCAAGUGAUCCCAAGGAAGCAUUUGUUUACAUCGCUUUUACACAGCAUAGACACUCGCUGAGUCUCUGGUAUAUAAAUAUAUAUAUAUCUGUCUGCAUAUUUUUCAGUGUCGUUACAUCAGUGUACUGCCAAGUGCUUCUUUUCGCACCACUGUCAAAAAAAGAACUUGUGUUUUAUUUCAUUUUAUUGAGGAACUGUUUUCGACCACUUUGGACGUGCAUGUGGCGCGAGAGAGUGAGCUUCAUCGAGCUUUGCUGAGGAAACAAAAAUAUUCUGCAACAGCUGAAACAAAAACAACAACAUUGCGCAUCUCUUUGGUUUGUCUUAGGAGGAUCUAAGACACCUGAACAGAUCGUCGUCUAUUCUUGCUGUUUUACUGUACCAUCUUCGUUUCUUUGUUCGUUCGGCCUUCAAGCACAAAAGAAAAAAAACGUUCCUCGGAUACAAAAGCAACAACGACACAGAAGAACGCCCAAUAAAGAUAAAGCACAAAGUCUAAGGAGAGAAGGAUAAAUAGAUAAUAGAGAGAGAAAAAAAUCAAUAACAUCGACCUGUUACAAAUUUAAAACAAAAACAAGUUAAAAACCAUAAGAAACGUUCAACCUAUUCGAGAGAAAGAAAAAAAACGCACCAAGAAAGAAUAAAGAAUAGUAAAAAGGUCACAACCACAACCACAACUAUUGAUUCAUCCUCCUUACAGUCAGCAGAGCACUUGCUUGUUUGAGUUAGACCACCGCGAGCAAUUUACUGGGUCUGAGGCAAAAAAAAAAAAAAAAAAUAGAUGCAACGCUUUUCAUAAAAACAAAAAGAUAACAAUAAUAAUCUUCAAGAACGGACAGUCACCACUUCAACUUCCCCCGACUAUAAAGUGAAACACACACGUCUCCGCAGUUUUCAUUUCUUCAAAGUUUUGGGCGAGAUCUCUGUAUAAAUGUGUAUAUAAUGUAAAAAAAAAUAUAUUAACUAAUACAGACACCGAUGCUUUAAUGAAUAUAUGUGAUAUUAAAUGAGAAAGAUUAUUAGGAAACUGAGUAAGGAAUUCUUUCGUCAGUCUCUUUAGAGGUAACAAAAAGGUUUCGAAGAAGUAUACAUAAAUAGAUAUAUCUAUAUAUAUAUUAAAAUUGGCCGUGAAGAAAGAGAAAUAUAUAUAUAUUUUUUAUUUGUUGAGUAGCCUCAUCUUCCGACAAGUGUUGUGAAUCGCAGAGAAGAAUAAGAAAGGGAGAAUGAUCUAAAUAGAAAUAAGAAUAAGAAGAUAAGUCCACAGUGUAGAAAAAGCUCCUAAACCACAAAGAAGAAGAACAACAAGAACAAGAAGAAGAAAAUCCACCUGAGAAGAAAGACCACCUUCCACCCUACCCUAGCGAACGUUGUGCCAAAACCAGAAAGAGGAAUAAACAGAAGAGAGAAGAGAAACGUGAAGGGACUCCUCGGUGUUCCCUCGAGACCCGUCACCUAGACAACAACGGCGGUUCACGAGCAAUCGUCCCCCCAGCGAGCCCCCGGGUGGCGCGUCCCUCGGCGUGUGUUGGUGCAGCGGCUCCGCCUCCCCACCUGUCAACACGGAGUCGCCUGCCGCCUGCCCCUCGCCACCAGGAGCCGCCCCUGGCCCUUGGGGACUGCCCCAGGCGCCCUUUGGACCGUAGACGGGCCCUCCCUCCCGCGGGGCGUCACGCCACUCCUGUAGGACCUCCGGCGGGACAACAAGUCGCAGGAGGUACCAACGCGAAAUGCGGCGCCCGUCCUUCUGCUGCGACCAACAUGGGAGCGGCGAGACGCAGUGCCAGCCCCAGGAGGGCGGCGAGAGCACCCUGGCGCGUGUACGUCGCUUCCUGGCCGUGUCGAUGGGCGCGCGGGCGGCCGGUCGCUCUCCAACCACCCGCUGCAAGCACCGCGCCCUCCCCCCGGACCCCCUGCACGCCCCCGCCCACGCCGUGCACUCGCUCCUGGCCGAGAUGAAGGAGGCCGGCGUGGGCGUGCAGGGCGUGCUCGGGCGUCCCCUGGAAGACGUCAUGGCGGCGCACGGAGAGGACGCUAGUGGGCACGGCGUGCCCGCCCUCGUGCACCUGCUCUGCUGCUACCUGCUCACCCACGGCGUGGACUACGACACCCUGGUGAGCGAGGACUGGUGCGCCGAGGAGGUGAGGACACGCCUCCUCCUCGAACGCGGCGCCGCUGGACUCCCCUCGGACGCCCCUGAGCCCCCGCCAGGCUCAGACGCGGCCGUGGCGACUGGCCUUCUGCGGCUGUUCCUGGACGAGCUGCCCCACGCGCUCAUCCCACCGUCAGCUGCUACCAAGAUCCUGCAGCUCCUUACGGAGCGUGGUCCCGUGGCCCUCCCCGAGAGCGGAAACCUGUGCGAGGAGGCCCUGGGGGUGGCCGUGGUCCCCCGUCGCCUCCUGCACCGCCACCUGCCGCUGCACAGCCUCUGCCUGCUGCGCUACCUCACGGCCUUCAUCCACCAGCUGCGCACCAGCAACCAUAACACAUGCCCCGUGCCCGUGUCCGCGCUGAGCAGGGUCCUGGCGCGCGUGAUGGUUGCUGCCGGCGACGACAACGGCGGCCGAGGCGACGACGACGACGACGACCGCCGCCCGCAGGAGUCGCAGCCCCGCCUCGCCAACCGCCUGGGGGAGAUCCUCAUCCUGUGCUACAACGACAUCUUCCAGAACACCGACGACGACGGGGAUGAUCUCAGUGACAGCGUGAGCAGCCCGAGCAGCGUCGGCGAGUGCGUUGGCGACGGCGACGAGGACGACGACGACGAGGGCGACACGACCACCACGGACACGGACGACUUCCGCUCGCCGCCCGUGUCCCCGCAGAAGACGGCGCGUCCCAGGGGCACCGCGACCUCCGUGGUACGACCUCCGCCCCUGAGCCUCCACCAGCCACCCAUGUCGCCAAGGUCAACCAGGGAGGUUGUUGACCACCUUGACAGCAUCCGCCCCAAGGUCGCACCAUAUUCCAAAGAGCUGCUGGUGGGUCCAGGUGUUGGCCCGCUGUUGUCACCCGCCUCGCCUGACGACUCUCUGCCCUCGACGCAAGACGAAGACGAGGAUGCCACGUCGCAGAGCCCCGAGAGCAGCUGCGUGUCGGCGCAGGACUACUGGGAGACCGGGGGCGAGAGCGACCUGCGCGACGAGAGCGAGCGCGACGAGGAGGAAGAGGAGGACUUCGGCGGAGGAGGAGGAGGAGGAGGUGGUCUUGGAGUGAACGACAGCCACGAGGAGCGACGUCUGAACGAGCGCUCGUUCCCCCGCUCGUACCCGCAGUCCUCGCGGCGUCCGAGGCGGCGGACCAAGAAGAGGCACCACAGCCACAGCCCUCAGGACAGUAGCACGCGCUGCCAGUCUUCGGAGGACGACGAAAGGUCAUCGUCCUACCUGAGGUCGUUGACGUCCGAGGAGGAGGAGCCGACCCGCUACGACCCCGUGCCCUCGGACGUCGUGUCGUGCCAGCCAGCCACCGGGUCCGUCAGGCCCUCGUCGCCCGUCAGUCGCGAGCCAUCGCUGGGCUUGAGCGAGCUGCUGAACGCCGGCGAGCCCGUGACGAGCGACCGCGGCUCGUGGGGCAUGCGCGAGUCCUCCCAUUGCGACUCGUGGCACCGCACGGCGCCCCGCUACAGCCGCUUCGACGACGAGAGCACAAUGCAGAGCAACUGGUACCGCAGCGACGAGGACGACAUCAUCCUGUCGCCGCGCGCCUCGGAGGCGUUCAAGGACGUGGGUCCGGCCAACGGGUCCGACGACUACAAGACGCCGCCGGGCCAAGGGGCGGUCAAGAUCCUCAUGAAGAACAUCAACUCGAUCAAGAAGAAGAUCAAGCGCUACGAGGAGGAGUUCGAGUCGGCCUUCGGCUACCGCCCUUCGCACAGUGAGAAGAUGAAGCACAAAGAGAUCAAGAAGUACAUGAGCGAGCUCAGCAAGGCCCGCAAGGAACUCAAGCAGAUGAAGGACGACGUCGCCGGCAUGAUGUCGGUACCCACGGUGUUCCCGCUGUCGCUGCUCCGCUGCCAGGAGUCGACCAACCCCAACGCCAGGCCCAAGAACACCUCCGGCACGGCAGACACCAUCCGCCAGGUGGAGGACAGACUGCGGGAGAAGAGGUCGGCCUCGGGACGCCCCACGGAACUCACUAACAUGAACAAGACGGAGAUGCAGGAGGAGAAGACCGCUCUGCAGAAGGCGCUCCUGUACUAUGAAUCGGUUCACGGACGGCCCACCACGAGAGAGGACAGAGACCUAGCACGACCCCUGUACGACAGAUACCGCCAAGUCAAGAGGAUUGUCAUGAGAUCGAGUUCGAGAGCCAAGGAGAACAUGGUGGAGCUGGCCCCGAUCCUGGAGCACGAGGCGAUGGACUUCACGCUGGCCUCGCCCCAGCACCGGGGCUCGCUACAAGGCGACGAAAUCGAAAAGAUCUCCCUGCCGCCUUCCCCGCCCUCCACCCCUCCCGUCUUCGAAUCCCCGGUCUUCGAGGCGCCCCAGAUGACCACCACGACAACGACGACCACGACGAUGCCCGGGGACGACCCCAAGGACACCCGGCGUGGCGUGCCCCUCGGGGACCUGCACGCGCUGCCCCUGAGCGAGCUGCGGGAGAGGAAGAAGGAGGCACGUGACGAGAAGAAGAAGCUUCGGCGAGCACUGCGCGAGUUCGAGGAGAACUUCGAGAGGGACUUGGGGAGGAAGGUCCAGAAGGAAGACCGGGGCCCCAUGGAGCAGACUUACCUGGAUUACAAGCACGCAAAGGCGAAGUUGAGGCUGCUUGAGGCCCUUUUGUCCAAACACGAGCCUCACAAGGUCUGAGUAUUUUUACAUUCAACUACCCUAGGAUAAGUGCUGAUAGAAGAGCUUAUUUUUUGGGGAAAGCAGAAGUUUGUAAUGUGCUUACAUUAUAUUAAAAGGCAGUAAAUGUUUACUGUAAGUGGAUUAGGACGAGGUAGGCUGAGCUGUAUUAGACGUCACUCGAUGAGAAAGGAUCGUCCAGUGAUGCAACUCGUUUACAGAAUGUCUAUUUUGCUGUACUAGCAGAAGAGCGAGGUUUAUGGAGGACACAAGGGAAGGACGUCCCAGUCCAUGUUCCGUGCUCUGUUUAUAGCGACAGGCACUGAUUAUGCAUGAACUGUGAUACAGAUAGUUGUCAAAGUUCCCAAUAUGGUUUAAAGAUUAAUUAAGAUAGAAAAUCCCUUGUUUUGAAUCUUCAUUACUAACAGUAGGUUUAAUAGGGUCUCCCAGUUCUUUUGUCUAUAUCUGCACCUUUGGAAUUAUUUUUUUCGUUAUUCAGAUUGUAGGACAUACAAGAUUGGGAUACUUAUUUAGUUGGAAGAUGUGGAUAGCAUCUUGCAUAUAUCAUCUUUAUUAUUAUGAUUAUUGUUAUCACAACUAUUAUUAUUAUUACUUUUUCUUAUUUUUUGUACCACAGAAUUUCUAAUGCAUUGAAGCUUCCAAAUAUGCUUUCUCCUUAUAAAAAUCAGAACUGUGCUAAGUGUGAGGUACCUGAAUGUAGCGUUAAGGUACGGGAGCUGUGUGGACGUCUAGGGGCACGAUGACUUGGAUAAUGUGGCGAGGUUUGCUUUUCAGUUUUUUUUCUCUCUUACACCCUUGUACUUGGUUCGCAGCCAUUGAAGGAUAUUCGUGUGUUAUUUGUCUGAGAGAGGAAUGAAGAGGAAAAAUGAUUUUAACAAAAGGAUUCAGAUAUAUCAUUUCAUGGUUUUCGGGAGAAGUGGAUGGUCAUUAAAAAAAAAAGAGAGAAAAAAUGUUGAGUUCUUUGCGAUGGUGUUCCUUGUCUCCUCAUUUUGCGAAUAGGAUUUUUUGUGUAAUGUGGAAAACGACAGAUGAACUGUGUAAAGGGUAUAAAAAUGACACAGGUUUAAUAGAGGAUGGAUUUAUUUUUGGUCUGCUUGUCACAUGAUGAUUUACAAGUAUAUCCUAGACAAAAGAAUGUUGUGGUAUGCAUUUACUGUUUGUAAGUGUAUGAAGAAUAUGACUACUUAUCACUGUUGGAUGUAGGAGAUUUGUAGCCUAUUUUGUAUGUGUUACCAUUCCACAGUGGUUACCCUACAUAAAUAAUAUAUGGCAGCUUGUAUGCUGCAUCUUCAGUGUACUUAGUUGUUAUAACACACAAAUCUCUAGUGUAUUGUUAGCAAGAUGCAUUUGGACAUUGUUGUCAAGACUGCAGAUUUUUUUCAUAUAUAUUGUUUGAAAAGCAGGUAUGUUGUGGAUGCAAUUGCAUUUUGUAUCUAUAAUUAAGAAGGCGUGUUUAGAUCGUCAAGUUUUCCUGCAUGUACGAGCUAGCAGUGAUUUCCAGAAAACUUAUUGAAGCCUGAAUAAUGUAUGUGCUCAUCCAAAAAGUCUUCAUAUUAAAGCUUGGAAUUACUAUCUGAUAAAUGUAACAAGUAAGUGUAGUUUAAUGUUUGCUUUUUACAGUUAUAUCCAUGCAAAUGCAUUCACUGUUAUUUGAAGAGUGGAGUUUUAUAACAGGCUGUAGGGUAUAGUCAGUGCAUUCACAAGUAGGGUUAAAAAAUGACCAGUGAUGAUACAAUAUUGAAGUGUUCUUGCCUCUGUAGUUCAUUGCAGCUUCAAAACUGUCUGUUGUUACUUUGAUAUAAAUAGUUAGAUAAAUAGUAUUAAUAAUAUCAUAUAUAUAUGGUUAUGUAUAUUAAUGCUCUAGAUUAUGAAGUAAAAAUGAUAUGGUCUUGUACCUGUUAGGAUAUUCAGACAAGAUUACUAGAGAAAUUGAUAUUAUCCUAUGUGAAAAUGAGAUAUUGAUUGUAGUGGUUGUUUGCUCAAAGCAAGGAAGAAAAAAUAACAAAAAGAAAAUGUUUUCUUCACCCAUUGAUCAUGCAUGUCUCUGCAAAAUGAUCACAUGAAGUCUGACCUUCAUUCUUACUGCCAAAAAAAGGAGAAGGAAAGAGAAAAAAAGGAUGCAAAUGAAUAAAUAUUUGACUUUACAAA